GAGCUUGCGGGGCCCGGGCCGCCCCCAGCCCCUGCCCCGCCGGGCCCCGCCCCCCGCCGUGUGCAUGAGGUUGACGCUACUUUGUUGCACCUGGAGGGAAGAACGUAUGGGAGAGGAAGGAAGCGAGUUGCCCGUGUGUGCGAGCUGCAGCCAGAGGAUCUAUGACGGCCAGUACCUCCAGGCCCUGAAUGCUGACUGGCACACAGACUGCUUCAGGUGUUGUGAGUGCAGUGCCUCCCUUUCACACCAGUACUAUGAGAAGGAUGGGCAGCUCUUCUGCAAGAAGGACUACUGGGCCCGCUAUGGCGAGUCUUGCCAUGGGUGCUCAGAGCACAUCACCAAGGGGCUGGUCAUGGUGGCCGGGGAGCUGAAAUACCACCCCGAGUGCUUCAUCUGCCUCACAUGUGGGACCUUCAUCGGUGACGGGGACACCUACACACUGGUGGAGCACUCCAAGCUGUACUGUGGACACUGCUAUUACCAGACUGUGGUGACCCCCGUCAUUGAGCAGAUCCUGCCUGACUCGCCCAGCUCCCACCUGCCCCACACAGUUACCCUAGUAUCCAUCCCAGCCUCGGCUCAUGGCAAACGUGGCCUCUCAGUCUCCAUCGACCCACCUCAUGGCCCACCAGGCUGUGGCACAGAGCACUCCCACACCGUCCGUGUCCAGGGAGUGGACCCAGGCUGCAUGAGCCCAGAUGUGAAGAAUUCCAUCCAUGUUGGAGACCGGAUCCUGGAAAUCAAUGGCACGCCCAUCCGGAAUGUGCCCCUGGAUGAGAUUGAUCUGCUGAUCCAGGAAACCAGCCGCCUGCUCCAGCUGACUCUGGAACAUGACCCCCACGACACACUGGGCCACGGGCUGGGGCCUGAACCCAGCCCCCUGGGCUCCCCAGCACACAGUCCCAGUGAGGCAGGCAGCUCUGCCCGGCAGAAGGCUGUCCUGAGGAGCUACAGCAUCGACAGGUCUCCGGGUGCUGCCUCCCCGGGCUCCCCAGCCUCCCAGCACAAGGACCUGAGUCGCUCUGAAUCCCUCCGCGUGGUCUGCCGGCCACACCGCAUCUUCCGGCCGUCAGACCUCAUCCAUGGGGAGGUGUUGGGCAAGGGCUGCUUCGGCCAGGCCAUCAAGGUGACACACCGGGAGACAGGUGAGGUGAUGGUGAUGAAGGAGCUGAUCCGCUUUGAUGAGGAGACCCAGAGGACAUUUCUCAAGGAGGUGAAGGUCAUGCGAUGCCUGGAGCAUCCCAACGUGCUCAAGUUCAUUGGGGUGCUCUACAAGGACAAGAGACUCAACUUCAUCACUGAGUACAUCAAGGGGGGCACUCUCAGGGGCAUCAUCAAGAACAUGGACAGCCAGUACCCAUGGAACCAGAGGGUGAGCUUUGCUAAGGAUAUCGCUUCAGGGAUGGCUUACCUCCACUCCAUGAACAUCAUCCACCGUGAUCUCAACUCCCACAACUGCCUGGUCCGUGAGAACAAGAACGUGGUGGUGGCUGACUUUGGGCUGGCGCGGCUCAUGGUGGAUGAGAAGACACAGUCCGAGGACCUGCGGAGCCUCAAGAAGCCAGACCGUAAAAAGCGCUACACAGUGGUGGGCAACCCCUACUGGAUGGCGCCCGAGAUGAUCAAUGGCCGCAGCUAUGACGAGAAGGUGGAUGUGUUUUCUUUUGGAAUCGUUCUGUGUGAGAUCAUUGGGCGGGUGAACGCCGACCCUGACUACCUGCCCCGCACCAUGGACUUUGGCCUCAAUGUGCGAGGCUUCCUGGACCGCUACUGUCCCCCAAACUGCCCCCCAAGCUUCUUCCCCAUCACCGUGCGCUGCUGUGAUCUGGACCCUGAGAAGAGCUGGCUUCCUCCUAACUUCUGACAAUGGGAUGCACCAAAGGGACCUGGGGAGCUGGACAAAGGGGAGAAGAACUUCCAGUUUUCCAGAGAUUGCCUGUGUUUGUCAAGCAGCAGCAAACAUUUGGCUUCUGCCCCCAACUAUUUGCGGCACACAGAGUCCAGGCUGCCAUAGCUAUGUCUUCAGAAGUCUGGAUGCCUGCUGCAGGACACCACCUUCUCAGUGAUCUGGGCACCACCCAAGGGCACCCUGUCCUCAGGGUUUGGACUACCAGCUACAUGAGGAUACACCUUAGAGCUUGUAGGCCCUGGUGAAUUUUAAAGUUUUAUUUCCACUAGUCCCUGAUUGAUGUAGUACCUGGUAGUAGGAGUAGGAUUGAGAUAUUUGUUGGCUAAAUUAAUGAAUAAAAUAAUGCAUAAUUGAACUUACAAGAUCUAAGACUCCCAGCUGCCAUCUUACUCUCAGGAUGAGCAGCUAAAUUAUUCAUUCAACAAUUAAAUCAUUCCACAUUUACUCUCUGUCCAUGUGAACCUCUUGACCAGUCCAUCAACCCCUUUCUGCGUCUACUUCUUAGCACUAUUAACUUAAAUGAGACUCAGACUCACAACCCCGCUGCUUGACUAAGUCCAAAAGAUUUGGACAUCAUUAAAUUUCUUCAGGUAGGGAAAGGAAAAAAGUGUCAAAGAGUUAACAAAAAUAACUUUAAUUAUUUAUAUCUUUAAGAAAGCAUAUUCAUCAAAUAAACAUUAUUACAAAGGCAACAAAUUAUUGAAUAAUAUAACCAGAAAGCAAACUUUCAGGGAUUAUUGGUUACAGUCCACAGAAUACAAUAAAACCAACAAAACAAAAACAAGAACUCUGAAGUCUGGGUGUCUUUACUGACAUCUUCCAAAAGAUGAUUAUGUAUUUUUACACACAUCAGACAGGAGUGCAAAGGUGAUACUUUUGUGAAUGCUCUCAGUUUACUGCUUUAUCAGAAACAGCUUUAUGAUACCCAGUGAUGUCUGUAUUUCUUCAGCUAUAGGACAAGAGCACAUAUUUUAUACUUCCCUAAGAUUUUCUUUGUUAGCAGCAUCAUCAAGCCUACACCCUAGAAUUUCAUUAAUUAGCACUGAAAAAAAGAAGAAACCUAAUAAGCCUAAAACAUAAAAUAUGGAAAUGAGCUUUCAAGAUAAUUUUUAUAAAAUGUACACACAGUGAAAUGCUGUGAAGAAUUUUAGUAAGUGUAUAAACCCAUGUAAUCACCACUGCCAUCAAGAUAUAGAAUAUUUCCAUAUCCCCAGAAAGUUCCCCUGGGGCUCUUCCCAUCAAUCCCCACCACCCCUACCUACUCCAUAGACAACCAUUGUUAUGAUUUCUAUCACCCUUGAACACAUUUCCCAGUUCUUAAACUUCAAGUAAAUGGAAUCAGACAGCUUGUACCUAUGUCCAGCUUCUUUUGUGCAACCUAAUUCUUUUCAAGUGUGUCCAAGUUACUGAAUGUAGUUGUAUUAUUAUUCCCAUUGUUCACCUGUAUCCACAAUAUUGUGUGAAUCUACUACAACUUGUUCAUUUAUUCUGUUAAUGGACAUUUUGGAUGUUCCUGGUUUUUACCAUUACACAUUCAUAUACAAAGCAUUGUAAGGACAUAUGUUCUCAUUUCUAUUGAAUAAACACCCAGGAGUGCAAUUGCUAGGUCAUAUGGUAAGUGGACACUUAAUAAGAAACUAUCAAAGUGGCUGUGCCAUUGUUCAUGUCCAUCAGCAGUAUCUGAGAGUUUUGUUUUCUAUGCAUUUUUAACAGCAGUCAGUACCAUCAUUUUACUUUCAGUCACUGGCACCUCAUUAGGAACUUAAUAUGCAUUUCUCUAGCGACCAAUUCUUUUGAGCAUCUUCUCAUUUAUUUUUUUGCCACCUAUUACAUUUGGGAAAGUAACUGCUCAAAACGUUCACCAUUUCUUAUUGGUUUUGUUUUUCAUAUUUAUUGAGUGGUAAGACUUCUUUAAAUAUUCUGGGUUCAAGUCCUUUAUCAGAUGUGUUUACAAAAUUAUUUUUCCCAGUUUGGGAUUUGUUUUUCAUUUUCUGAGCUCUCUCUUUUGAAGACCAGAACCUUUCAAUUUUGAUGAAGUCCACUAACAGUUUUUCCCAUUUACAAUUUGUGCUUUUUGUAUCCUAAGAAAUAUUUGCUCAUCAUAAGGUCAGAAAGGCUUUUUCUGUGCUUCUUCUAGAGUAUUUAGAGUGCUAGCUCUUACAUUUGAGCCUGUGAUCCCUUUUGACUUAAUUUUUUAUUAGGAUGUGAGUUUAGUGAACAGGUUCAUUUUUUGGCAUUUGUAUAGCUAGCUAAUCGUUCUAGUACCAUUUGGGGUUCUUUUUAAUUUUUUUAAAAAUUGAGAUAUAACAGACAUAUAACAUUGUAUUAGUUUUGGGUGUACAACAUACUGAUUUGGUAUAUGUAAACAUAUAAUUCAAUAAGUUUAGGUACACACUUGUUGGAAAAACUAUCCUUUCCCUGCUUCUUUUAUUUUGAAACUUGAUUAUUAGUGCCUACACAUUUAGGAUUGCUGUAUCUUGUUGAUGAAUUGAACCUUCUAUCAUCAUGAAAUGUCCUUCUUUAUCUCUGACAUUAAUGUAGCCUUUCCACCUUUCUUAUGGUUCAUGGUUACAUGGUAUAUCUUUUGGAAUCCUUUUACUUUCAACUUAUCUGUGUCUUUAUAUUUAAACUUCAGUUCUUGAAAACCAGAGUAUUAUUUGGUCUGGUUUUGUUAUUCAAUCUAUCCAACUCUGCCUUUAAUAUUUUGUCCAUGUACAUUUAAU